GUUCGAGCAAUGCCAUGGAAUUGACGGAAUGCUGGAGAACCUAGAAGGGCUCGCCCCGGCUACGCGGCGCAGCCUUCGCCUGGUCCUUCUAGGAGACAUAUAUAUUUACUGCCCUACCUUCGUUCCAAAUCCACAUCCUCUCUGUUGUCAACCCACGCCUCUACCUGUAUUGCACGCAUAGCCCGUUGAUUCUAGUACCUACCGACACUCCGCCAGGUCUUAUAUCCAAAGAUGAAGGCUUUCUCGAUUCUGGCAGCUGCCUCGGCGGUAUCCGCCCACACCAUCUUCCUCCAGCUCGAGUCCGGUGGUACCACCAAUCCUAUUGGAUAUGGAAUCCGCACUCCAAGCUACGACGGACCCAUCGUCGACGUCAAUUCCAACGACAUUGUUUGCAACGGUGGCCCGAACCCCACGACUCCGUCUGACAAGAUCAUCAACGUCUCGGCCGGCUCAACUGUCCGAGCCAUCUGGAGACAUACUCUUACUUCCGGCCCUAACGAUGUUAUGGACGCCAGCCAUCUGGGACCUACCAUUGCAUACCUGAAGAAGGUUGACAAUGCCGUGACCAACUCGGGAGUCGGCAAUGGAUGGUUCAAGAUUCAGGAGGAUGGGUACAACAACGGUGCCUGGGGCACUAGCAAGGUUAUCAACAACGGUGGUUUCCAGAGCAUUACGAUUCCCCAGUGCAUUCCGAACGGCCAAUACCUUCUCCGUGCUGAGAUGAUCGCCCUCCAUGGUGCUAGCUCGUCCCAGGGUGCUCAGUUCUACAUGGAAUGUGCGCAAAUCAACAUUUCUGGUGGCACAGGCAGCGCAUCUCCCGCCACCUACAGCAUCCCAGGCAUCUACAAGGCCACCGAUCCCGGUAUCCUGGUCAACAUCUACUCCAUGACGCCUUCGAGCAAGUACACCAUCCCAGGUCCCGCCCUGUUCACCUGCAACGGCAACUCGGGCCCCGGCCCUACCACCACCCAGGCGCCCCCCACGACCCUCUCCACCACGACGAAGCCAACAACAACGUCUGCCGCGCCGACGACGUCGGCUCCUCCCUCGGGCGGCUGCACGGCGCCGCAGUGGGCCCAGUGUGGCGGCAUCGGCUACACGGGCUGCAAGGUCUGCGCCUCGCCGUUCAAGUGCACUGUGUCGAACGACUACUACUCGCAGUGCCUGUAAUCCAGGCCAAACAAUCAAGGGGUCGGUCGGGUGUAGUGUGGAGUUUGUACAUAGCUCUAUUCCUGUCCAUAUUUUAGUCACACCCGGUAGUUUCCCCCUGACCGACUAGGUAGUUAAUACCUAGCUG